GCUGCAUGCUGGGAUAUAUGCUCUUGUUUACAAUACAGCAGCACAGAGCAGUAACAACUGUUUUAUAAAGUAGCAUUGAGAGAGUGUACAUUUUAGUGUCGAUAUUCAGGGGAAUCGUACAGUUUUAGCAGAGUAUAACUAAGAGUUUCAUGUUUGUGGCUUGACUAGUCGCUAAAAGCUGAUAUUUGACUUUAUCUGAGAGGUGCUCGUGUGAUUUUUGCAGUGUCACAGUCCUCACCGCUGUCCCAGCUCAGUGCCAUUUCAGACCUACAGAAGUUGUAUCACUGACAAGCUGAAUGAAUAAAUCGGCUGCCAAGACUCUAAUCGAGCGAUACUUUCGUCAGCUCACAGACGGCUGUGGAAAUGGCUCUUGCACAAAUGAGUUCUGUGCCUCAUCUCAAAACUUUAAACCUUUGGAUAAAAAUGCAGCAGCGGUCAAAGCUCUGGAGCUGUUUAAGAACAAUGCCAAACUCUGCGACCUGCACAUCCCCAAGAAAGACCCAUCCUCCUUCUCUGGAGUGGACAGACAGAUCAGCACUGAGGACCGUAAAGGCGACUUCUCCGAUAUCCACCACCUGACAGAGAACAACAUUUGUAUGAUACUACGUUUCUGCGAAGAGGCAAACGAUUUUUCUGCCGCUGCUCAAGCCAUUGGACGAGUUUUCUCCAACUCUGACUGUCUAAUGAAGAGUUUUAUAAGAGAGGAGGUCAAAAACACCAAACAACUACAUCCCCAAAACCACCCAAACAAACAGGAUGAGUCAGAAAUGGGUGCUGCUGCUGCUAUUCCAAACCAAGACACUAAUGAAAUUUUGGACUUGAGUGAUAUCAAAGUAGAUAUAAAUGUAAUUAGAAGAGUCUAUGAAAGAAUCUUAUCUAUUGAUGAAAUACAGGGUGCUCUUGUGGACGCGUUGAUUUUCCUUACACCAAAUUUGGAGCUGGAUUUGGAGUACCUUGACGUGUAUGAAACUAACCCUGACUACCUUAAUAUAUUCUUAAUAGUAAUGGAAAAUACAAACCUCCACAGCCCUGAAUAUUUAGAAGUCGCAUUACCACAGUUUUGCAAAGCUAUGAGUAAACUACCAGAGGAGGCACAAGCCCGAUUAGCCAAAAUCUGGUCCCAAUUCGGGCUACACCACAUCCGCCGCAUGAUGGAGACUUUUCAGCAACUCAUAACUUUCACUGUAGUUAGCAACGAGUACGACUCAGACAAUAUAGUCAAUGAUGAUGAGACAGUAGUAGCGGCAACUAAGUGCUUAAAAGUAAUUUUCUACGCAAGUAUCUUAGGAGGCGAGAUAGAUGUGGGGCAUAAUGAAGAAGAGGAAGAGGAUUUUGAUUCAGAGGAACUAUCACUGCAUGAGUUAAUGGGAGAAGAGCGUAUUUAUAAGAGGGGACCAAGAGUGGAUCCUUUGGAGACCGAACUCGGCGUGAAAGCAAUAGACAGUCGAAAACCACUCAUCCCGUUUGAAGAGUUUAUCAAUGAAUCUCUCAAUGAUGUUUUAGAGAUGGACAAGGAUUUUACGUUCUUCAAAGUGGAUGGGGAGAGCAAGUUUUCGUUUCAGACCUGCCCCUUUAUACUCAAAGUCAUCACUAAGAAUCAAGGGUUAUAUUAUGACAACAGGAUCAGGAUGUAUGGAGAGAGGAGGCUGACCGCUUUCUACAGCAUGAUGCAAGGACGGGAGCCUACGCCUUUUCUAGAGCUAAAAGUGAGGAGAGACCAUAUUAUUGAUGAUGCAUUGAUCAGGUUGGAGAUUAUAGCUAUGGAGAACCCAUCUGACUUGAAGAAGCAACUAGUGGUGGAGUUCGAAGGAGAGCAAGGCAUAGAUGAAGGAGGCAUUUCCAAAGAGUUUUUUCAACUGUUUUUGGAGGAAAUUUUCAACCCAGAUAUAGGAAUGUUCAGGUACGAUGAGGACACUAAACUCUUCUGGUUCAACCCAUCGUCUCUGGAGAAUGAUGCCCAGUUUACUCUGAUUGGGAUCGUCCUGGGCUUGGCCAUUUACAACAGCUGUAUUCUGGAUGUGCACUUCCCAAUGGUGGUGUACAGGAAACUCAUGGGGAAGAAAGGCACCUACCAGGACCUGGCCGACCUCAACCCAAUGUUAUUUAGGAGUCUGAAGGAUUUGCUGGAGUACACUGGGAAUGUGCAGGAUGACCUGAUGCUGACCUUUCAGAUCUCUCAAACUGAUCUUUUUGGAAACCCAACUUUAUACGACCUCAAGGAAAAGGGCGACCAGAUACCAGUAACCAAAGAAAAUAGACAGGAAUUUGUGGAAAUGUAUGCUGACUACAUUCUGAACAAAAGUGUGGAAUGCCAAUUCAAAGCAUUUAAAAAAGGGUUUCUAAUGGUUACGAAUGAAUCACCACUGAAAUAUUUGUACAGACCAGAGGAGGUGGAGUUACUUAUCUGUGGGAGCAGGAAACUGGACUUUGACGCACUUGAAAAGACAACAGAUUAUGAUGGAGGAUACAGUAAGGACAGUCAAAUAAUUAAAGACUUCUGGGAGAUAAUCCACUCAUUCAGUGAGGAGCAGAAGAAGUUGUUUCUUCAGUUCACGACAGGGACAGACAGAGCUCCAGUUGGAGGGCUUGGAAAACUCAAAAUGAUCAUCGCCAGAAAUGGACCAGAUACUGACAGAUUACCAACCUCCCACACCUGCUUCAAUGCUCUGCUGCUCCCAGAAUACUCCUCCAAGGACAAAAUGAGGGAUCAACUCCUCAAGGCCAUCACGUACGCCAAAGGGUUCGGCCUGCUGUGAACUUUGUGAGGGGAAGUGUUCUCCAUAAACACAACAGGGAAUGAAAUGCCUUUAGCCUGAAUAUACUACUAUAGUGCCUAAGCCUUACAACCUCAUGGUGCUACUUAAUCUUUCUCCUAGUGGCCAUUUUCAGUAUUACACUACAUCAGGUUUACCAAAGAUUUUCUUUGCCUGUAUUUAAAUUCUGUUUAUAGUUUUUUGUAGCAUGACAUUUUUGAAGCUGUGAAAGAGUUUUAUUGUUUUAACAAGCAGACAUUUUAUGACAUUUGUAUUUAUUUUUAGCCUUUUUGUCACCCAUGUAGAUGGGUGUUGGGUAGAUUUCACAGUUCACAAUGGAGCUUUGAAUUCUGGUGCUUGUCAUGAUGCAGCUGUUGUUAUGUGGUCAUAUAAGUUGCUUAAUUCAAUGCUAUAUAAUGCAGUCAUCAGAGGCUAUGAAGUUCAUACAUUAUAUACACCAAAUUAUGAAGUGAUUUGAGUGUGAUGCCAUUGAUACAUGCAGAGGUUUGUAUUUUUUGUUUUUGUUUUUGUUUGCUGUGAUCAAAUUUUGCACAUUUGCAGUGCCAUUUUAGUAGCAAUUCGACUCCUAUAGUUCAGUCAAAUGUCUCAGGAACAUAAUGCACAGAUAAUGCAACUCUAUUAACUCAGCCACAGCCUACUGAACCCAAAGUAAUUUAUUUGCAUGAGAUGGCAUUACCUUUAUGUGUUGCUUAUUCUAACAACAUUUAAACUUGCACCUCACUUUUUUACCAUUUUAUUAUUAUUUACAACAUUGCAUAUUUCCAAUUUAGCACAUUUGCUGACACAGAAAGUGGGCAUAUUCUGAAUCAGUUGCUGACAAAUUAAUUGCUGUAUACAAUAGCACAAUGGACAAUCUUGAAAAAGUAAAUUAUUUUUGUGCCACAACUAAGCACAUCUAUUUAAACAAGUCUAUAAAAAAAACUUUCCAUUGUUUGGUCAACACUUGCAGGACAUGAACCAACUCCCUUAAUAAAGAAUAUACAUCUGCAUACACUGUACACAUUUGACACAAGUUGAAUGUACAAAUUAAACAUUGAAAUCUGAAAAG